AGAGCAGUGGAAAGAAAAAAUGUAGUGAGGUACAGGUAAAAUCGCUCCCGCAGCGGAAAAGUUCCCGAAGUCUCCGUUCCUCUUCCGAUUCUCUUGCUCUUACUUCUUAAGGCAACCCAUAAAUAAACUAUGAACGAUUUUAUCUCUUUGCUUCAAGAUAGAGGAUCUGUAGCCUGGACAAGGGUCAUGCUUGAUUGACUGGGACUUGGUGCUUACAAAGGAGGUUUGAAACUUUUGUCAGAAUUACUGCUCAGAUGGAUGAUGGAGGGCAUCGUGAAAAUGGAAGACACAAAGCAGACCAGUAUAAAUCAGCUCAGGGUCAGUGGUUGAUGCAACAUCAGCCAUCAAUGAAGCAGAUAAUGACCAUUAUAGCUGAAAGAGAUGCAGCUCUUCAAGAACGAAAUUUGGCCCUUUCUGAAAAAAAGGCAGCUUUUGCAGAACGAGACAUGGCAAUUUUGCAACGAGAUGCAGCAAUAGCAGAACGGAAUAAUGCCAUAAUGGAACGGGACAAUGCCAUUGCCACUCUUCAAUAUAGGGAAAACUCCUUGAGCAGUGGCAAUAUGUCCUCAUGCCCACCAGGAUGCCAAAUCUCACGAGGGGUGAAGCACAUCCACCAUCCCCAACAGCACGUUCAUCAUCUACCCCACAUGGGUGAGGCUUCUAACAAUAUAAGGGAUAUGCACACAAGCGAUGGCCUUGCAGCAUCACAAGUUGAGUCUGAGACUGCCAAGUCACGGCGAGCUAAACGAACAAAAGAGACGAAGGGGAUGACAACUGCAAGCAAGGCCUCAAAACCUCCAAGGAAGAUUAAGAGCGAGAGUGAUGACUUGAAUAAAAUCAUGUUUGGAAAGUCACAAGAGUGGAAGGGUGGGCCGGAAAUGGGUGUUGGAAGUGAUGAUCUGAACAGACAAUCUGGGGCUUCAAAGUCUGAUUGGAAGGGACAGGACCUGGGGUUGAAUCAGGUUUCAUUUGACGACUCAACCAUGCCUGCACCAGUAUGUUCCUGCACUGGAAUCCUAAGGCAGUGUUAUAAAUGGGGAAAUGGGGGGUGGCAAUCUUCAUGCUGCACAACAACCCUGUCAAUGUAUCCUCUACCAGCUGUGCCCAACAAGCGGCAUGCCCGAGUCGGUGGGCGAAAGAUGAGCGGAAGUGCCUUUAACAAGCUUAUCAGCCGCCUUGCAGCAGAAGGCCAUGAUCUGUCAAAUCCCGUUGACCUGAAAGAUCACUGGGCCAAGCAUGGGACAAAUCGCUACAUAACAAUCAAGUAGACUAGUAAAUUUUAAUGGAAUGGAGGUAUAGGAUAAUAGUUAAACAGCUAAUGACGAGCAGGUAUCCAUCUUAUACUACUUCCCUUUCAGCCGUGGAGUAAAAGAAAGAAAUUGAUAAUUGGCAAACGAAUGAGCUUGUUAGUAGCCCUGCCAGUUUACCCCUCCUGCAGAAAAUCAGCAUUCUCUGUUGUUGUCGAUGUAACUAUUUUGUCCACAUCAAUAAAGAACGAAAGCCGCCUCCUAUGUCUCGCCUAAACUACCUUAGUUUAGGACUAGUGAUUAGUCGCCCAUGUGACAUGUCGGAGUUCUGUCUAGAUUGUUGUGGAACUUGCACUCUUGAAUGAAAAGCGUCAGUCUAUAAGUUAUUUUUUUUUAUCGA